GAAAGUUGAAUGCCUUUAGUUGGAUAGCCUUUAUUCUUCACAACAAUCUCUCUCUCUCCCCUCUAAUAUCCUCACCACUCUCUCCCUUUAAACUUGGCGGUUGCUGCACGUUCCCAGGGAGAAAGGACCGAGAAGGCGGCGAUCGAGGAUGUCCACCGGAGCUGCCGGCGACGGCCUCCUCCGAGGAAUAUUCGAGGCGUCCAUGUCCGGCUCCGACACGGCGAUCCAGCGCCGGCCAUACCACAAGAACUGCACCUGCGCCCUUCAUAAAUCCCGCGGGCAUUGCUGUCAUGUCCUGAGAAGUAACAACGUCUCGUUUCCGAUCCGGCGGACAUGGAGCGAGGGCUGCCUGGUGGCGGCGGCCGACCAGGCGUCGGGCAGCGGAUCUCCGCCUGCGGUCGUUGCUGCCGAACAUCGUGUGGCGAGGACGCACUCGCAAUCCAGUUUGCGUAAUAUUGAAGAAUAACGAGGUUCGAUUUUCCGUUUUUAGGCUAUUUUUUGUGGAAUGAAGAUCCUGAUCUUCGAUUUGCUUUUGCAAUAUCCGAAUCAUUCUUUCAAGUGGAGUUGAGAUGGGAAGGCUAAUUUUGUGAGGCCUCCUGAGAAUGGAUUAAUGUAAUUGUUUGAUUGACUCAAUAUUCAAGACUGAUCUUCGAUUA